AUGGUUAUGGCACCUUCGCUUCUUACUCCUGAUGAUGUAUACGUUUUUAACAACUAUCAUCCUCAUACGAAAGAUCCAGAUACGUCUGUGACCUAUUUGGAUAUUGAUCAUGGAGUGAAUGAUGCUCUCGUUUUGCGGGGUCACUCCUCCCCAAAGGAGAUGAUACUGGGCGAAUUGAAGAAACGCGUUGACCGUAUUGACAUUGCGGGCUGCGAGCCUGGCGAGGAGGACGCGUUUUAUGUCGCAGACAUGGGCGAGGUCUAUCGCCAGCAUAUGCGGUGGAAGAUGAACCUAGGCCGUGUCAAGCCUUUCUACGCCGUCAAAUGCAACCCGGACCCAGAGGUCUUGCGCCUCAUGGCCAAGUUAGGCAACGGCUUCGAUUGUGCUUCUAAAACCGAGAUCGACCUAGCUCUCAAGACGGGUAUUGACCCGAGUCGCAUCAUCUACGCGCAGCCGUGCAAGACUAGGUCGUACCUUCGCUAUGCCCGCCAGAAAGGUGUCAAACAGAUGACCUUUGACAAUGCAGACGAGCUGUACAAAAUCAAGAACGACUUUCCCGACGCCGAACUGUACCUGCGUAUUCUGACUGAUGAUUCCACCAGUUUGUGCAGACUUAGCAUGAAGUUCGGUGCCUCUUUGGACACUGCUCGCGCGUUGUUGGAUUUGGCCAAGAAACUCGAGCUUAAUGUUGUUGGUGUCAGCUUUCACGUUGGAUCUGGAGCUGAAGAUCCAGGCGCUUUCCUCAAGGCCGCCCAGGAUGCACGUUGGGUGUUUGAUCAAGCUGCUGAAGUUGGCUAUGAGCUGCACACACUCGAUGUUGGUGGGGGUUUUUGUGACGACACUUUUGAACAGUUUGCUGCUAUUCUGAGCAAGGCCGUCGAUGAUUUGUUCCCGGCACACAUUCGUAUCAUUGCUGAGCCAGGUCGCUACUACGUUGCCGCAGCUUUUACACUUGCCGCGAAUGUCAUUGCUCGUCGUGAUGUGUUUGACCCACAGACUUCAUCAGGCAGUUACAUGAUAUAUCUGAACGAUGGUGUUUAUGGCAACUUUUCCAACAUCAUUUUUGAUCACCAACACCCGAUUGCUCAGAUUCUAACAUGCGCCAAUGGCAGCGUACCUCCUACCCCAGGAUUGACCGCCUCGGGUUCUUCCACUCCGGAUCCAUCCGCUGAUGAUCCUCUACGUGUCCCUGCCGGGGUAGAGUACAGCAUCUGGGGACCUACCUGCGACGGCAUUGAUGUCAUCAGCUCGCAGAUCGUCCUGCCGGGCUUGGUUGACGUGGGUGAUUGGUUGUAUUUUGAGGACAUGGGCGCAUACACUCGUUGCAGUGCCACCCGUUUCAACGGGUUCCCUGACAACCACGAUGUCAUUUAUGUGUCCAGCGAGAGCGGAGCAUCCGCCUUGUUGGAGUACUAG